AUGGCUAAUUCACGUGAAGAAUCCGGUUUGGAAAUUGAACAAGUGAAGUCGAAAGAUGGAAAGACUAUGCAACCUCUGUGCAUGGCCCAACAUUACCAAAUGUACCGAAUAUAUCGACGACCAGGAUCAAACAGUGACGAGCAAGUUAUUCUUGAUAGAACUACAUCGGGCAAUCAUAUCAUCGUUGCUCACCAUAAUCAGUUUUAUAGCGUGCCUGUUAGGGCUUCCGACCGAGGGCGCAUAACUGAAGCCGAAUUAGUUCAACAAAUUCUAAAGAUCAUGGCAACUAAAGCUGAUCCUAGAACUCCGCCAGUCGGUAUCCUCACAACGAUGAAAAGACCAGCUUGGGCAAAAGCUAGAGAAGAAUUACUCAGACACGAGCAAAAUCGGCACAAUCUGGAAUUGCUGGAGAGAUGUCUGUGCGUGGUAUGCAUCGACGACGAUGUACUGCCAACAACGUUCAAUAAUCCCCUGAACAAGGAAGAUCGAUGGAUCGGCGACCGAGAUUACGCUAACGUGCUUCAUCAUGUUCUCCACGGCGGAGGUUCCAGACAUUUGGGUGCAAAUCGUUGGUUCGAUAAAACUUUCCAUGCUAUUCUUGGCAAGGACGGAAUGUGGGGCAUGAACUACGAACAUUCGGCCGGCGAAGGUCCAGCAAUUUUUAUUACGUUCGAAGAACUAACAGAAAAGGUCGAUGCCAUGUCGCCACCCGAGGAAACUACGGUACCUUCGCAUCUACCUGCGCCAGAAAAGCUGGAAUGGCACCUAUCCGAACAAAGCCUCAGCGAUAUCCAAGAUGCAAUGAUAUCUUUCGACGCGUGA